AUGGUCGCCGGUCAUAGCGUCUUCCUCAAGCAUUUCCAACGCCGUAGGAAUCACCCUGAAGGCAGCCUUUUCGAUACGGCUGACUUUGUUUGGGUGAAGGCAGCCGCUUUGGUACGGGCCUUGUCCGCUGACAAUUCAACUCUUUCAGCCUCUUCAGUCCUCCAUUUUGCGACCCCGCCCGCCCCUGGCCCCCAUCAUCAACGCACAAAGCACAGCGCCGCGACCAUGGUGAAAGACACAAAGUUCUACGACAUCCUCGGGGUGUCGCCGGACGCAACAGAAGCACAACUCAAGUCGGCAUACAAAAAGGGAGCGCUGAAAUGGCAUCCUGAUAAGAACGCACACAACCCCGAAGCUUCGGACAAGUUCAAGGACCUCUCCCACGCCUACGAAGUUCUCUCCGACUCUCAGAAGCGACAACUUUACGACCAAUAUGGUGAAGAGGGUCUCGAGCAGGGUGGCGGCGGUGGCGGCAUGGCUGCAGAAGAUCUGUUCGCGCAGUUCUUUGGCGGCGGUGGUGGCCCCUUUGGCAGCAUGUUUGGCGGUGGCAUGGGCGGAGGACGUGAACAGGGUCCUAAAAAGGCGCGCACCAUCUCGCACGUCCACAAGGUCUCCCUCGAGGAUGUCUACCGCGGCAAGAUUUCCAAGCUCGCGCUACAAAAGUCUGUCAUCUGCCCCAAGUGCCACGGUAUUGGUGGUAAGGAGGGUGCUGUCAAGAAGUGUGCCGGCUGUGACGGUCGCGGCAUGAAGCACAUGAUGAGGCAAAUGGGCCCCAUGAUUCAGCGCUUCCAGACUGUUUGCCCUGACUGUCAAGGAGAGGGCGAGAUUAUCCGCGACAAAGACCGAUGCAAGCAAUGCAACGGUAAGAAGACCAUUAUCGAGCGCAAGGUGCUCCACGUCCAUGUGGACCGCGGUGUCAGGAGCGGCCACAAGAUAGAAUUCCGUGGCGAAGGUGAUCAACUACCCGGUGUCGAGCCUGGUGAUGUUGUGUUCGAGAUCGAGCAGAAGCCUCACCCCCGCUUCCAACGCAAGGACGACGACCUCUUCUACCACGCCGAGAUUGAUCUACUGACUGCGCUUGCUGGCGGUCAAAUCCACAUUGAGCACCUCGACGAGCGGUGGUUGACUGUCGACAUCAUCCCGGGCGAGUGCAUCAGUCCCGGUGAAGUCAAGGUCAUCCGCGGCCAAGGUAUGCCAUCCUUCAGGCACCACGACUUUGGCAACCUCUACAUCCAAUUUGACGUCAAGUUCCCCGAAAGGCUGGAGAGCCCUGAUGGCGGCCCGUUGUCGCUUGAGCAGAUCCGUGCACUCGAGUCUGUUUUGCCGCCCCGCAAGGUCCCCGAUUCUCUGCCUCCGCCAGAUGCGAUGACGGAAGAUUUCACACUUGAGACUGUUGACCCCACUCGGGAGUCACAGCGCUCUCGCGGAAUGGCCGAGGAGGAUGACGAGGACGACAUGCACGCUGGCGGCGAGCGUGUCCAGUGCGCGUCUCAGUAA